AUGGCCUACAUGACACCCACCACGAACACCCUCCACACCCUCAUCCCGGGCUGGACCAACACCCCCAUUCCCAACUUCUCCCUUUCUGCCGCAGGCCUACUCGUUCUCGCCGACCUAAACACCAUCGCCCAACGGACCUCUCUCCGCGGCGGCUCCUCCUGGUUCGACAGCCUCCUCCUCGCCCCGGGUCUGCACUACCAGCAGGCCGCCGACGAGGUCGCUCACGGUGAUGCCAAGACCCUGGUCGCCGUCGAAAUCCAGCCUGAUGGGAAGCCCGCCUCCCACCAGAUCGUCAACCAGGCCGUUGUGAACUAUGUCCUGCGCACUGCCAAGGAGGGCGAGACGGUCGUGCUGGACGUCGGCGAGAUACCCGUAAAGUCACGGUCGUGGCGUACGGGACGAGCCGGUCGUGGGUGGGCACUCGCCCUCACCGCGGCCCUGAUGCUCUCUCGCAUCUUGAACAUAUUUGUCAUAAAGCAGCGCUCUCGGCCAAAACCAAAGAUACUCCCGCCGCCCUUCUCCCAUCCACUCUCCCUGGACCCCAGGAUGGCACGCAUCACACAGUACACCAUCAACAUCAGCCCGGUCACGACGGUCAUCCUGCGCGGCCUCUCGAGCGACCUCCAGGCCCUCACCACCACCGUCUGGCUCCGGCCCAAGACGCACGCCGAGGGCUACCUCGAGGCCAUAGCCAAGGUCCUGGUCUAUCUUGUCGCCGCCUGCAGCGGGAACGCCACCCAGGCAGGCAAUCUGAUCAUGCUGGUGCUGCUGCUCAUCAGCGGCGGCAUGCUGGCCCUGAGCAACGCGAGCGUCAAGGGCCUGCGCAGCGGCGGGAGGGUUGUCGCGCCCUCCCCAGAGGACAGGUACGCGCGCGGUCCGCACGGCGGCGGCCGGUCGAGCGGUAACAGCAGCAGCGGCAGUGAUGGUCGUGUUGGUGCUGGUGGAGGGGUUCAGAACGGCAGUGGCCACCGGUCCCGGGUGAGGCGGCGGGAGACUACUGAGUCGUGGACCGAGAGCAGCGACCUGAGCAGCCUCAAGAGCUCCGAGGACUCGCUGGAGAAGGGCGAGGGCCCUGGGAGGCUCCGACGGCACUCAUCGACUGAUAGCGGGCCGCCGGACUACCGCGUUCAGGUUGACACCCGCCUUGGCGUGCUGGAAGUUGUCGCUUCGAGGGGCCGAUAG